CUCUUCCUACUCUUCCUACUCUUCCUACUCAGCACACGAGGGAGGACAUCCAUCCGCAUCGCAUCCAUCGCACCCAUUUUUCCUGCGGACGAUAUAAAAUACAGCGACCAGCGAGGACAACCCGGCCAACAAACAACCCGCCAAGCCCACUCUCCCACACACCCUUUUCACUUUUUUUACCUCCACUCAACUCCUCCUCCGGCUCCCCCUUUUCCCGCCCUCCUCCACCGCUCUUUUCCUCCAUCGCUCCUCUUCAUUCAUUCAUUCAUUCAUUCAUUCAGUCUCUGAAUCUCACUCCCUUCUUCCUCUUCACACCCCACCCAGCACUCGACACUCGGCCCUUGGCACUUCUCUGCCGAUCCUCUGCCCUCAAUCCCUUCGAGCCCAACCACAGCAUCCUAUGGAAGUCCAGGCUGCCCCCUCGGUCAUGAUGCCCUCCUCCUCCUCCGCCACCACCGCCGCAAACAUCCUCCACACAAGACUUAUCUCCGUCAAGACCGCAACCUCCCUAAUGACCAUCGGCCCCGAGAACGAUCCCCACCCCUCCUGGACAUUCUUCCCUGCCUCGGCCACAUACAUCCCACACCCCACCUACUCCACUUCCCCCGUCUCCUCCCCGGCGGCUGCUCCUUCCUCCCCUCCCCGCCACACCUCUCCGCAGCCAGCACAUGCCACCAGCAAUAACCCGGGAAACAACACCAACAACCACCGUAGAAACAGCACCCCUACCUCAACUCCCUCGACACACCACCGUAUCCUGGAUCACUGCUUCCAUGUAUCCAUCGAGACUCGCCUCAAACAGGCCGAGGCCCAGUACCUUGCCUCCACACAGGAACAGGCUGUGGAGCAGCAGAUCAAGGAGCAAGAAGCGAAGCACCAAACCCCAAUGUCGGCUCUGGAUCAAGACGACUGGCGUCGUCGCCAACGCUCACUCGUGGAUGAGGCUGUUGUCCUCGGUCGCAAGGGAUCGAACGUCGAGGCCAUUGUCGAUGGUAUGUGUGUGUCUAUCUGCUUAUCUAUCUUGUACUCCCCUCCUCCCAUAUCCUCUCCACUCCUUGCUUCGUGAUGUUCCAGCAUCAUUAUCGCUCC